UUUAUCAAGAGGCCAUUAGAGGCCAAAUGAACACGCAAAAUCGGCAACUAGGAUUAGUCAAUUGACGGGUGUACAUCAACAUGGUAGUAAAACUAUUCUGGCUUUGGGAAGCUAACUCGAGGAUCCAAGCUUAUCUUGCUCAAUGGUCAUCUCUCUUCCCCGGGCGCCAUUACAAGGUAGUAAUACCUUGAAUUGAGUUCGUCCUGACUCCUGAGGAAGAAUGGCUGACCUUGCGGCGCCGAUGAACAUGAAGAGGAAAGAUGCUGAGGUGGUGGGCGGCCAUGGAUUCUCCAUCUUUCUUGAUCCUAAGAGGAUCAGACUACAUCUUCAGGACAGAAAAACCCUGGACAUGAUGGAAGAGGAUGAACCACUGGUGCAUGCUCCAACUUCUACUGCUACUGCGCCAACCAUCAUCCAUGACAAGGUGAACAUCGUAUCCGUGGGCAUAUCUUCAGAGCCACCAUCCAAGGUCAGUGAAGAUCAGAGCGCUGCGGCACAGGCACCCAUGGACAUGGAGAUGGACACAGAUGGCCAGCAGCACCAGCCGUGCCAGAACGUUUCCUUCUUUUCAGGUUUCUUCUGACUUCUGAAUGGCACUCGACAGAAAAGAAAAUAUCCUGCGGAAACUGGAUCCUUGAUGAGAUGUAGCCAGAAUAGAUAGAGCGUAGAGCAUGUAUAUUCA